AUGUUCCUUUUACGGCUGCCGGAUGAUAUUCUCCUCCUGCUGGCUGAUAAUCUGUCGCGAGAGAGGGACGUCAAUGCCCUUGCGCAGACUAGCCAUCGACUUUACCGACCGCUAAAUCGAUUCCUCUACCAGUAUAAUAUCCGACAUUGCCACAGCUCCGCUCUCCGAUGGGGUGUAUCGGUGGGUUGCGAGGGCACCGUUAGAAAAUCUCUAGAGCUAGGCGCACCUCUUGAUUGUAAGCCCUGGACGGACAUAGACAGCGAGACACCCCUGGUGAACGUUGCAUCCGAAAGAGGCUACGAUCGUGUCUUGAAGCUCUUACUGGACUAUGGCGCCAACCCGAACGAGGAUGGACAUUUUCCUCAGGUGCCCCUUUCGUUAGCCAUUCAAAACGGACACGAUGCAGCGGUGCGAGUAUUAUUAGCCCGGGAAGCUACAAAUGUAACCCUGCCGUCCGUCCCCUUCAGUCAACAACCGCUGCAUUACGCGUUAGAACGAGGAUCUCUGGAAUAUGUUCUACUCCUGCUCGGACGAGGCGCAGAUAUUCAAGAGUAUGAGUCUCGAGGCGCCCGGGCCCUUCACCCAGCCGUCAGAAGUGGAAGUAGAGAUCUAGUCGAGUUCCUCAUCGGUCGUGGGAGUGAUCCACUGGUCUGUUGUGGAUAUACGGCUCUAUCGCUCGCUGCAGUCAUGGGGCACCAGUCACUGGUCCAGUACUUUCUCGCUCAUGGCGUGGAUCCGAACAUUCGGGAUCGCGUAGGAUCCACUGCUCUCGGGCACGCAGCCAAGGAAGGCCACGCAGACGUUGUCAAGACGUUGCUUGCAUGGGGCAUCGAGACAGAAUCUCGUGGAGAGGACGGAGAGACAGCUCUAUCAUGGGCGGCCAGACAAAACCACGAAACGGUGGUGGAUCUUCUACUGCAGCACGGAGCACAUCCGACUUCGUCCAACUCUAGCGGGAUAUCUCUGCUCUACUGGGCCGUCACCAACGGUUCCAUCCCCAUAUUCAAAGCUCUCUUGGCGCACGGUGCCAGGCUGGACAUUGGAACCAGUGCAGGAGAAACCCUUCUCCAUAUCGCCGUACGGAGGAACAAUCUGCCGCUGGUCGAGAUGCUCAUACAGCUGGGCAUUGAGGUGGACAAACCAGACAAGACAGGCCAGACUCCUUUCGCCCUGGCUGCGGCGUGCGGUCGCAUCGAAAUAAUGGAGUUCUUGCUGGCCAGCGGCGCAGACAUGACUCUCCGGGAUCACAGCGAUGGAACACCCUUGCUCACAGCCUUCAAGGGACAUCAAGAUGCCGCGGCCGAGUUCUUACUACGACGAGGUGCUGAUCCGAACUUCGCACAUUCCGCGCGACUCUUCUACGCAGCCCAAGGGGAAAUGGUCCGGGUCAUACGGUUUCUACUGGAGAAUGGUGUUGAUCCUGACCCCGUAGAUCACUACAGCCGUACCCCCCUGCUUAUUGCCUGUGAGUAUUUCCGGGAGAAUCGCUGCGAUAUAGCAGAAAUGCUGCUCCGGACCGGUCGCGUGAACAUCCAUGCCCGAAAUGCGGAACAUCGCACGCCCCUUCUGUGCGCGACCAUGGAACAUAAUCCUCAGCUUGUACGGCUUUUGCUCUCCCACGGUGCAAAUGUCGACGAUAGCGACGAAGAGGGGUGGACUUCUCUUGCGGGUGCAUGUGCCUCGGGGGACGAGGAGAUAUGCAGGAUUCUGCUCGAGGCUGGGGCAGACAUCAACAGCCGGGACAACUAUGGACAUACUCCUUUAUAUCAGGUAGGGCAUGCCAGUGAGAGCCUUAAAGAAUUUUUGCUUGAAAUGGGCGCAGAGCUCCGAUAG